AUGGAAUAAAAAAAUAAUAUUAUGGACGCAUUAUUUAUGUGGGCUUAUGAAUUUAAUAAUGAAGAUAAGUAUGAUAAAUCUAAAGAAGAAAUUCAAUCAGAAAAUAAAUAAUUAGAUAGUUUUAAUAAUUUUUUUCAUAUAUUUGAUUUUGGAUUGUCUUAUGAUCUUUCAUAUAUAGUAAUUUUCGAGGAUAAAAUCAGAAAAUAGAACAAUACAUCAAGGCGAAUAAAAGGAAGAUAAAGAAGUGAUUUAAGAAUAAAACUAUUAGAAGUGAAAUCAUGCAGAGUUGUAUUUUAAAGUAGUUUACUAUGCAGGGGAUUUUAUCAUAUAAACUUUCAUUUUUCUCGAGAUUCAAAUUUUCUAAUAUGUUAAGGAUAUUGGGAUAGUUAUUUAGUUAUUGAUAUUCAAUAAAAGAAAGAAUUCAUCUUUAAAAAUUUAGAAGAGUCAUGUUUUAUAUUUUAGAUGGAUACAAUCAGUAAUUUAUAUAUAUAGAGAAAUAAGAAAAUAUUUCAUGUAAACUUAGAGGAGCUAAAUGAAUAGUAGGAAAAAGAUAUUUAUAUUAGAUUCAAUUUCGAAAUCAUUUUAUAUUUCAAAUCAUUUUUAUUGAAAUUUGCUUUGAUAAGCACAGAAUUAUUUCAAUAUAUAAUAUAUCUUUAAAAUUAUAAAGUUAUUAAAUUAAGAAAAAAAUUUACUGAGAUUAGAACAUAAUUAAUCAUUUUUUAAAACUGUCUUAUGAUUGAAUAAGAAAAUAUCCAUGAAACAGAAUAUUCUACUAGAUUGCUACAUAGUGGGAAAUUAUUAAGAAGAAUUAAGAAUCUAUUUGCACAUUCAGGCAAUAUAUAUUAAGAUUAAAAUGGGAUUUUUAAAUAUUCAUUUUUAAAUAUAGAAAACCUGAAUAAUCAUUCUUAAAUUAAAGUAUUUGACUUCUUAAGAGGAAUUUCUAAAGAAAUAUUUUAUAGUAAUGAUACAUAAUAUAAAAAUGACUAUUUAAUUUCCAAGUUUUCAAAUUAGUUUAUCUUUACUAUGAUUUUGAGUGAUCUGUAAACUUAAAUUGCAUGCUAUUCUUUAAAAUGA